UAGCGAUACUGCGAACAGAGUUGGCGUGUUCAUGGUGAAAGGCAUUGUUAAUUAAAUCGGAAAGAUGCCUCCCGAUGUGAGCGUUAGUGUUAUCGCCUACUGUAAGCUGGUGCUUCACUUGUCAAAAUACCCACACUGUGCUGUGAACGGAGUUCUUCUGGCAAAGAAACCCACAAAGGAAAAUAGGAGUUUACAUUUUGUGGAUGUCAUUCCAUUAUUUCAUUUAGCACUAGAAUUAACUCCUAUGUUAGAAGUUGCAAUGACACAGAUUGAAUCCUACUGUAGUCAACAAGGGCUUAUAAUAGCAGGUUACUAUCAUGCGGGGGCUGUCAUAGGUGAUCCUAGUCCAACUUUUAUAGCCAAAAGGAUAGCAGACAAAAUAUGUGAAAACCUUAGUGAUGGGUGCUUGUUUAUGGUAAGUAUGCAGAUGUGUCCAAAUGAGCAAAAAACUAGUAGCGAUACUGCGAACAGAGUUGGCGUGUUCAUGGUGAAAGGCAUUGUUAAUUAA